UGUGUAAAUUUUAUCUGUACAGUACCUACAAUGUGUGUUCAAUAUUACUUAAAAGGAUUAUUUAUACCAGGGGUAUUCUUUAUUUCACAGAAAUAUCUUGCAUGGCUUACAGAUUCUAUAGCUAUAGAGGUGACACAGACUCGCGUGGGGUCAGUUCAUCCCUGGCCCCUGAACUGGAUGAUUCCAAUGUUGAAAAAAAGUGAAGUGAGAUCUCAUCUGAAGAGUGUGGGGUGGGCAGACAAAUCUUUGGAAGAGGUUUUGGGUGAAAUCAAGUCUUGUUGCCAAGCCUUGUCCGAGAGAUUAGAACAGCAGAAAUAUUUCUUUGGAGACAGUCCAACAGAAUUAGAUGCCCUGGUUUUUGGACAUCUCUUUUCUCUUCUGACCACGGCCCUCCCUGUUGACAUAGCAGAACACAUUAAUGAAUUCGAGAAUCUCACAGAUUUUUGUCAAAGAAUAGAAAACAAGUAUUUUAAAGAAAAAGAAGAUGAUUGAUUUUCUGCUUGAAUAUAUAUGUAAGGUGAAUGAAAAUUGUGUUUAAAUGUUGUAAUUAAAUAUGUUGACUACUGAAAGAUAUUACAUCUGAUUCUGUGUCUAGCUUUGAACAUCUGUUUUUGUGUGUGUUUGUACAAAAAGAACACAAAGUAUAUUUAAACUAUAAAAUUCUUUCCUUGGUCAUUAGUAUGGGAAAUAAUUUUGAAGCAUUAUUUUUCACAGAAAAAAUACAUAACCUGCAUAAGUAGAUUAUGUAAUUUUUUUUCUGCGAUAGCUGCAACAUUAAACCCCAUACUAACAAAGAGAGACAUUUUAUUGUUUUUAUUUAAGUCUGUAUAAACGCAAAAUUUUACAGUUGGAUUUAUGAUACAUAAAUUGAUGUUACAGCUGUAUUUUAAUUCAGGAAACGGAUUUAGUUGAAAAAAAAAUGUUUUUCAGUAUGAUUGUGCUUAUAGAAUGGAAAGUCUCUACAUUACUUCUCUGACUCUUCAUUUAGCAGAGGGGUGCCUAUUCUAUUUAGAAAGGGGUUAGAUAUAGAUAUGAUAAGUAUUCAUAAGAGCAAUGAUGGCAGAAAACUAAUGGUUAAUAUUGAUGUUGACAAUGAUACACAUAGUUUGAUUAACAUUUAUCUGCCAAACAAGGAAAUAUCCAGGGUCAAUUUUUUUAAAAGAAAGAAAAGAUUUAUCAUAAAAUAUUCAGCCAAUGUAAGUAAUAUCAUUUUAUAUGGAUAUUUUGAUUGAUAAUUAAUUUAAUUAAUUAUGAUACAAGUUCAAAGGUUUUAAUAGAAAUUCUAAGAAAUAUGGAAUUGAAAGAUCUCUAUUGAAGAAAAAUAUGCAAACCCUAAUGGAUACACAUGGUGUUAUGCAAAUAACAUUCCAAAGAGUCGCACUGAUUUCAUUUUUAUUAGUUGAACUCUGUUGACGAAAAUAAAACAACUUUGUCUCCAUAGAAUUCCGGUACUCAUAAUAACGGCAUCAGAAUGUCAGAUCAUAGAAUAUUAAAAUUUAAUUUUUCAAUACAUACUAGUAAUAAUGAGUGGGGAAGGGGAUACUGGAAACUUAAUACUUCACUUUCAGAGUGUAAUGAAUAUAAAUCCUAUGUUAAUAAAUUGAUAAAAGAUACAAGUGAAAGAGAAGGCACGUCAAUUGAUAAAUGGGGGUCCUUGAAACGGUUGAUCAAGGGGAAAAAGGUCUGCAUAAACCGAUGCAUUAAUGCACAAAUGAUUGAAUAAUCAUUUAAAGUAAGAUUAAAUACAUGCAGGUUAAAUAAACACACCUAUAAUGAAGUGCCAAGGAUUGGGGUUUUUGCUUUUAUGUAAACGUACAUGUAUUUUGUUAUAUCCAUCAGCUUCUCAGUAUGUUUAGCAUACUAAUACCCCCAGAGAGUAAAAAUCAGUUUACUAUAAGCAUUCAUAAUUAAUUAACCUCGUUUUACUGUAUAUAUAUUGAUAUAUACGUCAUUGUAUGUUUCAUCGAUGGAAGAACCACAAAUAAAGAAAUAUACACAUGU